CUCCAAAUGUGGCUCUCCAGAUGCAAUGCCGAUUCCAAGAGCCAGCGUAAAAACCCUAACCACGUGACCAUCGCCGACCUCCCUCUGCAGCUCAUUCAGCAUGAUGGCUGCUGAUGCUGCAGCAGCUUCAUCCUCAACACACCGCACCGCACUUCAUUCCUGCAGCCUGCUGUUGUUUAACUUCUCUAUCCUUCUCAUCAUCAUAUUCUUUCUCCCAGCUCCGGCGAAGGGAUUGCUUGGUGUACGCCCAGAGAACACUAAAGCCGGUGAACUGUCUGUGCAAGACGGGCUGCUCCAGGCGACCGAGGGGACGCGGUUCAUGCUGCGGGUUUACUACGCAGCAUCCCCGGUUACACAGAGAGCCCAGAACCGCUCUGGGAGCGGGAGACCAGAGGGUGCAGCUGCCGCACCAUGGAUCGCCUUCAUAGAGGAGCCAGGAGGAGAGCGAGAGAGAGGAGAGGGGAAUAACAUGGUCCAUUCCAAAUGGAACCCGUGCGUGGACGAGCAUGCGCGGAGUUCUGACAUCGAACUCCUGGGUUCCUUCAGGUCUGCAUCCAGCCACAACUCCGUUCUAGUGGAGCUGCUCGCCAAAGACCUGCGCAAAGAUGAGCGGAUAAAAUACUACUCCAUUUGCGCGUUUGAUGGGGUGAAGUGGGAACAUUUCACCACCAGAGACUUCUGGCUAGCCGUGGUGGAGCGACCCCCGCAAGCGGACGUGUGGCUCCAGUUAGGGGUGUCGGUGAUGCUACUGGGGCUCUCUGCGCUCUGUAGUGGACUGAACAUCAGCAUGCUCGCCCUGGAUCCCAUUGAGCUCCGGGUCCUCCAAAACAGCGGCACCGAGAAGGAACAAAAAUAUGCGCACAAGAUCGAAUCUGUGCGUAAACAUGGCAACUACAUCCUGUGUACUGUGGUGCUGGGCAAUGUGCUGACCAACACCUGUUUUGUAGUGUGGAUGUGCCAGAUUAUAGGGAUGACUCCCACCUCCCUUGCUACCUGCACUUUCGGUAUAUUCUUUAUAGGAGAGAUCCUGCCUCACUCUGUGGCGUCCAGACACAGCCUCGCCAUCGCCUCCAAAACCAUCUGGGCCACCCGGCUUCUAAUGCUGGUCUCCUUCCCCAUCUCAUACCCCGUCUCCAAACUCCUAGACAUCAUGCUCCACCAGGAGAUCAGUAACUUCUACACCAGAGAGAAACUGGUUGCCAUGCUGCGCGUCACAGACCCCUACCACGAUCUGGUCAAAGAAGAACUCAACAUCAUCCAGGGCGCUCUGGAGUUGCGCACCAAGAACGUAGAAGUUGUUCACACUCCGCUGGCGGACUGUUACAUGCUCUCCUCGGAUGCUGUUCUAGACUUCUGUACGAUGUCUGACGUCAUGCAGAGCGGGUUCACCCGGAUCCCGGUCUAUGAGAACGACAGGUCCAACAUUGUUGAUAUCCUGUUCGUCAAAGACCUGGCGUUCGUGGACCCGGAUGACUGCACCCCGCUGAAGACCAUCACCCAGUUCUACAAACACCCCAUGCACUGUGUGUUCAGCGAUACCAAACUGGAUGUGAUGCUGGAGGAGUUCAAGAGAGGUAAAUCCCAUCUGGCUAUAGUCCACAGGGUGAAUAGUGAAGGGGAGGGAGAUCCAUUCUACGAGGUCCUGGGAAUUGUUACUUUGGAGGAUGUUAUCGAAGAAAUCAUCAAGUCUGAGAUUGUGGACGAGACAGACCUCUUCAUUGAUAAGAGGACUAAGAGGCGCGUGUCUCACCAUGAGAGGAAGCAACACGACUUCUCCAUCUUUAACCUGACAGAGAACGAAAUGAAGGUGAAGAUGUCUCCUCAACUGCUGCUUGCUACACACCGCUUCCUGGCCACAGAAGUGGAGCCCUUCAGGCCAUGUCAUCUCUCAGAGAAGAUUCUCCUUCGUCUGAUCAAACACCCCAGUGUCGUUCAGGAACUAAAGUUUGACAGAAAGAACAAACAAGCACCACAGCACUUCCUGUAUAUGAGGAACAAACCUGUCGACUACUUUGUCCUGGUUCUACAGGGUAAAGUGGAGGUGGAGAUUGGCAAGGAGGCUCUUCGUUUUGAGAACGGAGCUUUCUCCUACUAUGGCAUGCCAGCCCUCAUACCACCACUACCUAUAGUCAACAGGUUUGGUUCUGGUAGCAGUGGGUUGAACCAGUCAGAGUCUGUCUUAUCAGGAGGCAGUUUGGGUCAGCUGAGUAUAGGAGGGGGAGGAGUCUACCUACCUGACUUCUCUGUCAGACAACUCACUGACCUACAGAUUAUAAAGAUCUCAAGGAACCACUACCAGAAUGCUCUAACAGCCAGUCUUAUGGACAGUGUACCCCAGACCCCUGAUCCCGACGGGAGACCCACCAUCCCUGAGACCCGCUCCCACAGCAUCGCCCUGCCCCUGACACACACAUACACAUACCUCCGACCCGUCCUGGAACAACACACACACAGAGAGGACAACACUGGACCACUCACCUCACAGCUCAAUGAGAGAAACCGCAUCGUCCGCAGUAAGUCAGAUGGACAGAGGAGUCCCAGUGAUUCAGUGUUUCUACGGAUGGAUGACAUACCCUACAUCCAAGAGGACCUACAAAAACACUGUCAGGAAGGCCACCCAGAGGAGCCACUAGAGGAGAGACCGGAAGACCUCCCGGAAGAUAGAAAGGAAGACCACCCAGAAGACCGUCUGGAAGAUAGGCCCGAAGGCCGUAUGAAGGACAGGCUGGAAGACUGUCCGGAAAAACGGUUAAUUGAACGCCCAGAAGACCAGCUGGUAGAAAUUUCGGAAGACCAGCUGGAAAGCCAAGAAGGGAUCGAUGCUGUUCCUGUGGAGGUAGAUAUCAUCUGUUCUCUAUCUGGCUCAGAGGAGACACUGGGGAAGAAGCUGCUACGUAAACUGAGUAACAAGAAGAGGAAAAAGUCCCAGGAUGGGGAGAAGAGUGUGGAGGAAGGUUUGGAGCAGCCAUCGGUGACCACCUAGCACAACGCCAGUUACCUUUCAGCCACCCAUCUCUACUGUGCUAGUGGAGUCUGAAGAGGAAGAAGAAGAAUAAACUAAAUGAAGAGAAAAAUAAGAGGGAAAUAGCAAGUCCAGAUCUGAGCCAUCUUCUAAAUCUUUUUUAUUGCUCAACCAAGAAGACAACCAUUUCUGUCUUCUACCAUCAGAUGAUCGUUUCUUAUUACCAAGUGCUUUCUGCACAGGGAACUGUCCUUAUCAUAGAAUAGAGUACUUCUAUCAGUCAAUCAACUGUGGUUGAUAGGAGUCCUGCCAUAUAAAUGCCAUCCACACUGCCAGUGUUCUGAUGACACAUAAGGAAGAAACAGCCAACACACACCAGCCAUGAGAACAAGCACAAUGUCUACAACCACAGGGACUUUAUGCUGAUUUAAAGGAGUCAUUUCUUGUCAUUUCUUUGUCCCAUGUGGCAAACAGAGGAUUUUUUUAUGCACAAACAGCCUUGUCUCAAGCAAAAGCAUCACACACACACACACACAUACGUGUGCGCGCACACACACACACACACACACACACACACACACACACACACACACACACACAUUAUUUUGUUCCAUUGAAGUCAAUUGACUCCCAGUCAAUACUUUUUACCAGAUUUUAAAAAGCCAUAUAAUAACUAACAUAUCUGCCAGCAUAAAGAAGGGAUAUGCAAUAUUCACAAUCCCAAAAAUGUAGGUUGCGUGUUACCUAGAUUUGAACAGGUAUUUUAUCAUGAUUAGAUAAUAUGAUGAUUUGACAUAUUUAUGAUGAUUGGAUGAUAUUUGAUCAUUUGAUUUAUAAUAUGGUGAUUAAUUGGUAACCUGUAAUGAAUAGGUUGUUUUAACAGCAAUUGUUCAACCAUUUCCUGUUUGCUAGCGUUCUAAUAGUUUGCCUAAUUUCAGUUUGUGACAAAACAAUCAGGUGAAGUGUAGAGAAUCAUUGUACCAUCUAAACCGCUUUGAGAUAUUGUUUCCAAAACCAAAUAUAUUUUAUGUUCAGCUGUUUGAAGCUGGUGUACAAAACCCAAAGUAAAAGAUGCACAAACAAAAUGAUGUAUAAUAAUAUGGUGAUUAAUUGGUCAUCUGUAAUAGGUUGUUUUAACAGCAUGUACCUAGAACAACUCCUGCCUGCCAUAUCAUUUCCUUUAUCAUCAUAAUAUACACACACACACACACACACUAAAUGUGCCAUCUCCAUAUCACCAUGACAUAAAGCAGUCACCAUAAGUGUGACAUUGCAGUAGGUAACAGUUGUAACACCCUAUCUGUGUAUAUCCCCAUGAUGAAGUGAAGUGUUACUCUCACAUGCAUGCUAUUACUACAGAUGCAAACACAACAGGUUAACUAUUCUCUUUGAAGAGACCCCUCCAGGGACACGCAAGGGCAUAGGAACACAGGGGGCUGGGGGCUAAGCUUCUGGGAUGAGAGGCUGCAGAUACAGGAGCCUGGAGGCUAGGGAUGUUUGGUUUAUACAGUGACACAGGAGAUGGGUGUAUGGAGGGCACUGCUUACUGCUUUCCCACUAGAAUAUAUUCCUAUUUAAGGACAACGCCUUGGGCUAGGUACUCAGCUUGAUGCAGACAGGAGCAUGACGCAAACCUGUGAUUAUGAAAGACCAGGCUGACGUGGAGAUGUAGUUUGAUGGGAGGUUGUAGUGUAUAGAAAACUGAUAAGCAAUACAUAAGCAUGAGAAGAAAAUACCUGAGUGUAAUAUUAGGUGACAGCUGCACAGAGUAUCAGGACAGUGUAACAUGCUCAAGGACAGACACCCCUGUAAAGUCAGCCAGGCACCGAUUAAAAGAUAUAUACUGUUUUAUAGGAAUGUAUACCAAUGUACACAGGGGUUCAUAUUUAGACUUAGAGAUGUACAGAGAGAGAUUACAUUUUAUAGUGCCCUUUAUUAUAUAGCUGGUCAGACAAUGGGCUCUCUCCUAUUCAUCUGUAGCAAUAAUAAUUCCCUAGAACCUGCCUGAGACCAUCACUAUUCCCUACUGCUAUUAGACUGGACUUCGAUUGAGUUGCUCUGUAUUGCACAAUACUGACAGAUAACUGAUUUACUGAGAGCAUAGAGAGGGUGAGUGGGAGGGAAGAUGAAAGGUAGUGAAAGAGAGCAGGAGAGGAAAGGAGAGGGACAGAAGGGAAAGUGGGAGGAGACGUGACGCAGUCUGACGUCAAGCCACUGCCUUCCUUGACGCACGCAAAAACACACGCAUUCAGUACUGAACUGCUUUACAGAAGAAUAACUAAGAAACCAAGCACUCUCUCAGCCUCAUGCUCUCAGAGAACACAUUUGGUGAGGGUGACAGAGAUACAGUAGAUAGUGGUAGCUUUUAAAUAGAUUAUAAGGGACAGGAGGAUAUGUAAGGGGACAUUUUAUUAAUUUUCUUCCCGGAAUGUGCAAAUUUAGUAAUGUUUUAACAGUUUAAAACAUGAUCUUCAGAAUAUUAGGGUUUUCAGGAUAUCAGACCUCCCAAUGUAUUAAAAACGAUGAAAUCCUCAAUAAAAAGAUUCUAACAGAUUCAUAUCUGACUU